GACUUCGAGGAAGCGGCUCCGCUCCGGAGCCUCAGCGGGGCGGCCCUGCUCGGCCCGGGGCGCUCGGCUCGGCCCGGCCGCCGGGGGCUGGAGACCAGGCAGGGGCCGGCUCCGCGCGCAGCCUGCGGACCGGGACAGAUCACUUAUCUUGGGAGCUGCAGGGCGUUGCUUAUCCUGAGGAUCAGGUGACCGUUGACAUCAGCCAUGUCAUCGAGGCCUUUGGAAAGUCCACCUCCUUAUAGACCAGAUGAGUUCAAACCCAAUCAUUACGCACCAAGCAAUGACAUAUAUGGCGGAGAGAUGCACGUUCGACCAAUGCUGUCUCAGCCGGCGUACUCUUUCUACCCAGAAGACGAGAUUCUUCACUUCUACAAGUGGACCUCUCCCCCAGGAGUGAUUCGCAUCCUGUCUAUGCUCAUCAUCGUGAUGUGCAUUGCCAUCUUUGCCUGUGUCGCUUCCACUCUUGCCUGGGACAGAGGCUAUGGAUCCUCCUUGCUGGGAGGUGGCAUCGGGUACCCUUAUGGAGGAACUGGCUUUGGCAGCAGCUUCGGUGGCUAUGGCUAUGGCUACAGUUAUGGCUAUGGAGCCUACACAGAUCCAAGAGCAGCCAAGGGCUUCCUCCUGGCCAUGGCUGCCUUUUGUUUCAUUGCUGCACUGGUGAUAUUUGUUACCAGUGUUAUAAGAUCGGAAAUGUCUAGAACAAGAAGAUAUUACUUGAUGGUGAUAAUUGUGAGUGCCAUCCUGGGCAUCAUGGUGUUUAUCGCCACAAUUGUCUAUAUAAUGGGAGUCAAUCCAACUUCCCAGGCUUCUGGGUCUCUGUACAGUUCGCAAAUAUAUGCCCUCUGCAACCAGUUCUACACGCCUGCAGCUACUGGACUCUAUGUGGACCAGUAUUUAUAUCACUAUUGUGUGGUGGAUCCCCAGGAGGCUAUUGCCAUUGUACUGGGGUUCAUGGUUAUUGUGGCUUUUGCUCUCAUAAUUUUCUUUGCUGUGAAAACUCGAAGAAAGAUGGACCGCUAUGACAAGUCGAACAUUUUAUGGGACAAGGAACGUAUUUAUGAUGAGCAGCCCCCCAAUGUUGAAGAGUGGGUUAAGAACGUGUCUGCAGGCUCCCAGGACAUGCCUCCUCCCCCUUCUGACUACAUGGAGCGAGUGGACAGCCCCGCGGCCUACUCCUCCAACGGGAAAGUCAACGACAAGCGCUCGUACCCAGAGUCUUCCUAUAAAUCGACCCCGGUGCCUGAAGUGGUUCAGGAGCUUCCACUGACUUCAGCUGUGGACGACGUCAGGCAGCCUCGGUACAGCAGCAGUGGUAACUUUGAGACGCCUUCAAAGAGGGCGCCCACAAAGGGAAGAGCCGGAAAGUCAAAGAGACCAGAGCAGGACCACUACGAAACCGACUACACGACCGGCGGCGAGUCAUGCGACGAGCUGGAGGAGGACUGGGUCAGGGAAUAUCCACCUAUCACUUCAGAUCAACAAAGACAGCUCUACAAGAGAAGUUUUGACACUGGCCUGCAGGAGUACAAGAGCUUACAAGCUGAGCUCGAUGAGGUCAACAGAGAGCUCUCUCGUCUGGAUAAAGAACUGGACGACUACAGAGAAGAAAGCGCAGAGUACAUGGCUGCUGCCGAUGAAUACAACAGGCUGAAGCAAGUGAAGGGGUCUGCAGAUUACAAAAGUAAGAGGAAUUACUGCAAGCAGUUGAAGAGCAAAUUGUCGCACAUCAAGAAGAUGGUUGGAGACUAUGACAGACGGAAAACCUAGGCGGCAGGCGCCACACCGAGAGUAAGAUGAAGCGGGCGUCUCUGCGGUGUUGGCAGAGGCAGAUGACUCUGGACUGACCGGGAGCCCAGGCCUUUGUGAUCAUAACAGAGUGCUGGUAGCUUUAAUAUGACAGUAUUGAUGCAUUUUAUAAAUAGCUUUUGAUAAUCAACUGGGCUGAACACUCCAAUUAAGGAUUUCAUGCUUUAAACACUGGUUCUUGUAUUAAGAACUAACUGUGGUUUGAGGUCUUUAACCCUUUGAGGAAGGUUCCGGAGAGAACAGUGCUGUGAACUUUCAUAUCCUGGGCGGUCGCGUCGUUGUAUCUGAGUGCUCCUCAGUUCGCAUCGGUGAUCCUGUUAAUCCUCCCAGAGUCCUCCCUUCGCAUCACGGUCAUUCGUAAUCACUCCUGUUCAAAUGAGGAGCGUGGGUCCCUGCAGUGACGUCUCUGAAGGGCACAGCCUGUCGGCCAGCUCGCACUUUGGGUCAAGUCUGUUCUCCGACUCACUGAGCAGUCCCUGGCCUUCCAUAUUUUAGCUACUAUGACGUUGUGUUCUACCACCCUCCCUACUGAUUUUUUUCUGUGUAUAAAUGGUUAAGGAAGCUUUUUAUUGUUUUACGUUAUCCAGGUGAAAGAUCAUGUUAAAGUAACAAAUUGUGAAAUUUAAAGAUUGUAAAUAUACAUUGACUUUUUAAAUCAGAAUUUAAACCUACUGGUUAGAAUUUUCUGUAUUUUUAAAUACUUUUUAAUCUUUUUAUGGUUUACAUAUGUUUUUUCUUAACCAACUAGGCUGUUUCAUUUAUCAGAGUAUCUGAUUACAUUUAUAAUUCAACUGUGACUUGAAUUGUAUCUCACAAAAAUGUUCAAGUUCUGUACAUAUUUUAUAAGGUAUUAAACCUGGGGUUUUCUUCCUAUAAUAUACCUGUUUGACGUCGUUAGUGCUGUUCAUACUAAGCUGUCGAAAACUACACUCAUCAGUUGUAUCUGUUGCUGUUUUAAUCUGUCUUGGGUGCUGUGCUGGCUGCUGGAUUCCUGGUCCUUUGGCUGUAAGAUGGCCGAUUGGUCUUGAAAUGGAAUACAAAACACCACAAAACACCAAAUUACUUCAAAUGGUGCCCUUAAAUCUCAGCACUUUUUUUUUUAAUUCAAAUUUUUAUUAAGUAAAAUUAGCUGAUAACACUGGGCAUGUAGCUGGUAGCCAAAUUGAUGUGAUUAUCCCCCAGUUUAGAACUCUUUUCUUUGAAAAUUUUUUAAAGAAUAAUCUUUAAAUCAUUGGUAUGCAAUUCAGGCAUUUACGUAUAUAAUUUUUUAUAUACAAGUCUGAAUCAUUGUCCAAAGAUAAAUUUUUAAAUGUUUCCAUUAUAACACUGAUUCAUUCUUCAAAUUGAAGAAAUUCUUAAUUUUCCAUGUGCUGUACGUACUUACUACAAAAGAUAAUGAAUAGUUUAUGUUUUUUAUCCUUUUUGGAUUCAAACCAAAUGGUAAGGACUCUUGAGCAACUUGACUGAUUUUUAUGUGUUAAAGUAUAAUCUCUUGUUCUCUGAAGUCAAUGUACUUAGUUUACAAAGGCAAGCUUGCCAUGUUCUGACAAAACAAAAACUAUUCAGUGGAAUGCAAAAAAUCAAAUAGCGUGUUCGUGUUGUAAAAUUGUGCCAUAAAAUUGGACUUUAAAAUAAAAUAAGAAAAUCAUUUUUCAAAUGUGGUACACUAGAGACCACUUCAGGGGCCAGCCCCAUGGCCUAGUGGUUAAAUUUGGCAUGCUCUGCUUCAGUAGCCUGGGUUCUGUU